UGUUGAUUUUAAAACUAAAUAAGCUCUACAGUUUUAAGAAUAUCUCCUAAAAAUUUCAGAGUGGGAGGUUAAGUGGUUUCUGUCCACCAGCCAAUUCUUUAUAGUCAUUUCAGCUCUUUUCUCAUAUAAAGUGCACCUAAGAACAGUAGCAUACAGUUUGUUUAUGUUUUUUGUGAAACAUUUUGUAUGAGUUGGUAUUUUUUUUUUUUAAUAUUAAAAUUAAGCAUCUCAAACUAUAUAACAAGUUUCAGUUUAACGUAAAAAUACAUGCUGAUUUUUUAUAACGAACCCCUAAGCAAGAAAAAAUUAUAAAUACUUUUCAAAAUCGCUUUCCAUACUUCAUUUUAGCAGCAUUCUAGUGCAUAACUCAACAGGCGGAUGACGUAUUAGUCAUGCUGACAUCUUUUUUUGUCAUUAAAAUAAGAAAUUCGGGCACCUAUGUAUACGGUUUUUUCUGAGGAGCACUUUUGAACCACAACCACUUUGGAAUUAUACGAAUUAUAGCUCAGUUAAUUUUAAAUUCUGUUUUAUAAAAUGUCUACAAGGAAGUUCAAGAACAUUUGUUGUAAUCCUUUAAAAAAAAAAGUCGCACGCUUCAAAAGUCCAUAAAUAUAAUUUGCGUCGACCGUCAAAGAAUAUUUGUGAAAGGUUCAAAUCCUUGUGCCCGACAGAUCUUUUGUGUGACUCUUGUAGACGUGAUAUAAAUAAUUUUAAGGACUCCGCAUCAAUUUGUGAGGAAUCGGAUUAUUAUUCUGAUACUGAUGACGGUGAUUCCCUUUACGAUUCUGACAGUGAGGUAAGUAACUAGUGUCAUAUUUCAUUAGCAUAUUUCAAGCAUUAAUUUGAUUUCUAGGAGGAAAAUGGGUACAGUACCCAGUUUUUUUCAGAAAUAAAAGCUCAAUUUCAUAAUCCUGGCAAAACUCCCCAAGAAAAAAUUGAGCUGUUAAAACUUUUAGAUAUAAAAUGGAGUAUAAACAAGACAGCAAAAAUGAUGAAUACUUCUCGAUACAUUGUCUCAAAGGCAAGAAAAUUUCGGAAAGUUAACAUUCAUUCUGUGAAUAGCAAAGGAAAUAGUAAGAUGGGAUUUGCGUUUAAUAUAAAAAGCACUUAACAAAUUCAAAAUUUUUAUAGAAAAGGCUCUUUCUGCAGAAACAAUAAGUAUGGUCAAAGAAUAUUUCGAGCACGAUGACAUAAGUUCUCUCAUGCCAGGACAGAAAGAUAAGAAAUCUGUUAAAAUCGAUGGAAAAUCUGUAAUUUUUCAAAAACGUCUUGUGUUAGGGACUCUGAAAGAAAUUUAUUCAAAAUUCCUUAAAGAUAAUCCUAAUGUGGCAAUUGGCCUAUCAAAAUUUUGUUCUCUUAGACCACCGCAUUGCAUUUUAGCAGGUUCUGGAGGCACGCAUAACGUCUGCACGUGCCCUAUCCAUGAAAACAUAAAACUUAUGACAUUAGGCAGUAAUUUGGUGCUUUUAAUGAAAAAAGAGGAAUAUCCAGUAGUUAAUUACGAAGAUGUUAUAAUGCUGUCGUUGUGUCCCAAUCCGAAGGAGGAAUGUUUUUUCAAUAUGUGCAAGGAGUGUUCAAUCUCAAAAACACUGGAGGGUUUGAUUAGUGCAAUAUUUCAAAAAUACGAAAUUAAUGAAGUUACUUACAAAAAUUGGAAUUCACAACCUAGGACAACGUUGAAAACCAUUUGUAUUUCUACCGAAACGUUUAUCCAAAAUUAUUGUUUGGCUAGCGAAACAUUUCUAAUGCAUUCAUUUAUAGCAAAGGAGCAAGCCAAUUAUUAUAAAACUUUGAAAAACAACUUAGAGAUCGACCAAUGCUUAGUCACUUGCGAUUUUGCUGAAAACUAUGCCUUUAUUGUCCAGAACGCUGUUACUGGAUUUCAUUGGAAUAAUGACCAGGCAACGAUUUUUCCAAUUGUGUUCUAUUACAACGAUGGUGGGAAAAUUAAUCAUCAAACACUUAUUUUUAUUUCCGAUUGUAAAAAACAUGACUCGGUAGCCGUGUAUGUAUUUUUAAAAUCUUUUAAUGAAUGGUUAUCACGUUUCAAUGCAAAUAUUCGCAAAUGCAUUUAUUUCUCUGACGGAGCGCCGCAACAAUUUAAAAAUGUCAAACACUUUACAACUAUAUACAAUCAUGAAAAUGACUGGCCGAUCUGCGGAAUGGCACUUUCAUGCCACUGCCCAUGGAAAAGUUCCAUGCGAUGGAGCAGGGGGAGCUUUAAAAAGAAAAGCAAGGAAAGCUAGCCUCCAGAUGACUUCAGAACAUCAAAUAACCACUGCAUAUCAACUGUAUGAGUGGGCUCUGCAAGAUGGCACUUUUCCCAGUAUCGAAAUAGCAUUUUGCAGCGAAACUGAUUACGAAACUGCAGCUGCAUUCUUGAAGGUGCGGUUUGAGAGUUGCAAAACUAUACCAGGUACCCAAAAGCUUCAUUUUGUUAAAGCUGAAACCGACCACAAAUUAAAAGUGAAAACAUACUCCAGCUGCGAAAAAUUUCAAAUCGUAAACUUCUUAAAAAAUACAUCACAACAAAUUUAACAAUUUAUAUUAUCCUUAUUAUUAUUUCAUGAAUUCUUUUUUAUUUUACAAACUAUGUAUUAUUAUUUUUGCGUGUAAAAACUCAGUGAGCGAUUUUAUAAAAGUCUAAUAUACAUAAAUAAAAGUUCUAAAAUGAAGUAUGGAAAGCGAUUUUGAAAAGUAUUUAUAAUUUUUUCUUGCUUAGGGGUUCGUUAUAA